GCGGGUAGAAAUGACCAAGCAGAGGUUAUCUGAUUGGUGGAUAAAAUUAAGGCAGGGGUGAAAUUUCACCCACCACAAAGUACAAAUUAUGUUAAUGGUCAUGGCUAGGUGGCGUAUGCCACCGCCCGAUUUAAAGGGUUCAGCCUCAUCCAUCCAUCCAUCCGAUGCUUGCUGCGCGCUCGCUCACGUGCUUUCUUUCGUGCUGUGCCGUGUUGUGUCGCGUGUGCUCCGCUCGUUCUGCGCGCCACUUUUUGUAAAACGGCGAGGAUUGUUCGUGCAAGUUUUCGUGCGUUGUUGCCAUUAUGGACUCAGGAGUCAAGAAGAAGAAAACGACGCAGACACACUGCUUCGCACCCGGCUGUUCGUCCGGGUACGUCGCGUCGAGGAGGUCUGGCCAACGUGUGUCGUCGUUUUCCGUGUCGAAGGAGCCAGAACGCUUGAAAGCGUGGCAGCGUGCAGUGCCACGUGCAGAUCAAGUCCUUGACCCAAGCUCAAGAAUCUGCGAGCUCCAUUUUGAUGAACAGUACAUUGUGCGAUCGUUUACGCAUACGAUCAACGGCGAGACAGUGACGAUUCCUCGCGAUCGACCUGUGCUAACAAGCGAUGCGAUUCCGACUGUCUUCCCCAACCUCCCUCAGUAUUUGUCGAAGAAGGCACCGCAGAAAAGAAAGACGAAAACGUCGACUUGUGGCCUUCCUGUGAAGUCACCGAGGCACGAAGCAAGUAAUGCCGCUUGUGUUGACGAGGUAGACGUUUUAGAAGAAAGAAGCGCAUCGUCCAAAGUCAACUCCCCAGUGCUGCCUGAUGUAGGGAACUGCCAAUUGCCCAGCGCUUACUGGACGCGACAGCCGAUUGCUGGUGAGGACAAUGUCACGGCUUUCACGGUGUGUGCACUGCAUCGCGAAAACUUGUAUUUUGAAAAAGUGGUAUUGUUCGUUGCGAAUGACAGCUCAAUUCACGCAAACGUUUUCGUUCACGCCACGAAAGUAAAUUCGCUUCAGAUCGCUGACGUGGCAAUGGCUGAAGAUCUGCUUCGGCAUGUUGAUGAGCUCAUCCCCUGCAAAGGAUUCAGAGAAGAAGGCGAGUUCAGCCCGAACCCAAAGCGCAGAGAGAAGACGCAUGGCGGCAAAGUAUUCAGUGCUUCUUGCUUCGGUGUUGCACAUUCAGCAAAGCAGGCCUGCCCACAGUGCAAGUAUCUCAGGAAGCUCCUGCAGAAUCAGGCUUCCUACAGGAGGACAGCUAAUACUCGUGGUCGGACAGCGUCAUACAAGCUAAAGCUUCGAACUGCGCAACUGAAAAGAAGCAGGCUCACAAUUAUCAAAGGAAAGUCGCUGAUCCAGAACCUAAAGGAAAAGAAUGCGCGGAUCGACUCGGAAAUGUUCGACAAAGCAGUCCAAGCUCUGCCUGUAAAGCAGCAGCAACAGGUCAGAGCAUGUCUGGCAGCAUGCAAGCGCAGAAGCACAAAGGGAAUGAAGUAUGAGGCGCAAUGGGUAUUAGAAUGUGCAGUGAUGUGCAUGAAGAGCCCCCGGCUCUAUGAACAUAUAAGGAAGCACAAAAUCAUGGUUCUGCCCUCACGUACGUCUCUUCGUUGCUUCCUGAAAAAGUACAGAAGUGGGUUCGGCCUUAGCACCAAGUUGCUUGCUGCUGUAAAAGAGAAGACCAAAACAAUGGACCCUUCGCAAUGCCAUGGAGGACUUCUAUUUGAUGAGAUGAAGCUCUCCGAAAAUCUCAGCCUUGCAUCAAAUGGGAAAAUUGAAGGCUUCGUGGAUCUGGGUGAGUUUACACCUGAAGACCAGCGCAUGCUCACUUGUGACCAUGGUCUCAUGGUUAUGUUUCAACCGUUUAGUGGUAAGUGGCACCAGAUUGUUGGUGUGUUUGCUUCACAUAGCAAUGUAAAAGCAGAUACACUUUCUAAGAUCAUACUUGAAGCUGUGGUAUUGUGUGAGAACGCUGGGCUGCGUGUGGAUUUUAUAACAUGUGAUGGAGCUUCCUGGAAAAAAAGGGCAAGACAGUGUGCAGGAGGCAGCACCCAACUGAUGCUGAACGUUUUAUUUACUUUGUGUCUGACUUCCCCCACCUUCUCAAGUGUGUACGGAAUUGUUUCGUGCGCAAAGACUUCAAUCUGCCAGAAGGAUGUGCUAGUGUAG